GGCCUGCCCCACCCACUAGGGCACCAGCCACUCCCUGGGGAGGAGGGAGGAGGGAGGGGAAGGGAAGGAGGGAAGGAGGAAGGGAGCCUCAAAGGCCAAGGCCAGCCAGGACACCCCCUAGGAUCACACUGAACUUGCUACAUCCCCAAAGCAGCUGAACCCUCCGCACCAACCAGCCCAGGUCAAACCCCAGAGGCCCCAUGGAGUUCCCUGGCCUGGGGGCCCUGGGGACCUCAGAGCCCCUGUCCCAGUUUGUGGACCCUGCCCUGGUGUCCUCACCAGCAGAGUCAGGAGUUUUCUUCCCCUCUGGGCAUGAGGGCUUGGACACCGCAGCCUCCUCCACUGCCCCCAGCACUGCCUCGGCUGCAACUGCUGCACUGGCCUACUACAGGGAUGCUGAGGCCUACAGACAUUCCCCAGUCUUUCAGGUGUACCCAUUGCUCAACUGUAUGGAGGGGAUCCCAGGGGGCUCACCAUAUGCCAGCUGGACCUAUGGCAAGACUGGGCUCUACCCUGCCUCAACUGUGUGCCCCACCCACGAGGACUCUCCUCCCCAGGCACCAGAAGAUCUGGAUGGGAAAGGCGGCAGCAGCUUCCUAGAGACCUUAAAGACAGAGCGCCUAAGUCCAGACCUCUUGACACUGGGGCCUGCAUUGCCUUCAUCAGUCCCUGUCCCCAGCAGUGCCUAUGGGGGACCCGACUUUUCCAGUACCUUCUUCUCUCCCUCUGGGAGCCCCCUCAAUCCAGCAGCCUAUUCCUCCCCCAAGCUUCGUGCAACGCUGCCCCUGCCUCCCUGUGAGGCCAGGGAGUGUGUGAACUGUGGAGCAACGGCCACUCCACUGUGGCGGCGCGACAGAACGGGCCACUACCUAUGCAAUGCCUGUGGCCUCUAUCACAAGAUGAACGGGCAGAACAGGCCCCUGAUCCGGCCCAAGAAGCGCCUGAUUGUCAGCAAACGUGCAGGUACCCAGUGCACAAACUGCCAGACCACCACCACAACACUGUGGCGGAGAAAUGCCAGUGGGGACCCUGUGUGCAAUGCCUGUGGCCUCUACUACAAGCUACACCAGGUGAACCGACCACUGACCAUGAGGAAGGAUGGUAUUCAGACUCGAAACCGCAAAGCAUCUGGAAAAGGGAAAAAGAAACGGGGCUCGAGUUUGGGAGCUACAGGAGCAGCUGAAGGAGCAGCUAGUAGCUUCAUGGUGGUGGCUGGGGGCAGCGGUAGUGGGAAUUGUGGGGAGAUGGCCUCAGGCUUGACUUUGGGCCCACCCAGUACUGCCCAUCUCUACCAAGGCCUGGGCCCUGUGGUGCUGUCAGGGCCUGUUACCCACCUCAUGCCUUUCCCGGGACCCCUUUUGGGCUCACCCACAGGCUCCUUUCCCACUGGUCCCAUGCCUCCCACCACCACCACCACCACUGUGGUGGCUCCGCUCAGCUCAUGAAGACACAGAACAUGACCUCAGGGCAGCAGCAGUGUCCUUCUCCUCUUUAGCCAGCAGUCUGUACAACCCAACUCUCUGGGCCUCAGACACCCCCUGGCCAGGACCUUCAAAGCUUUUGUAAAAUAAAACCACCAAAGCCCUGUAACUGGAUGUGUGAGCAUGGGACUGAAUAAAAAGCAGUGUAGGCAG